UCUUAUUAAUUUUUAAUGGAAAAUGGCUGCGUUUCUUAUCCAAACCGCUGGAGCUGCCAGAUAAAAAAAGAACCUGUCCGGCCGAACCGUGUCGCGUCUCGUCGCCGUUCCCGGGCCGAAACAAACCGAUGUGGUGACCGCAUACGACCGAGCCGACGUCCGGUGGAGCGAAAAUAUCCGUGGAAAUGGACCGACUCGCGCUUUGAAGGGAUGAAAGAUCAUUUUUCUCCUUAACCCUUUCUGCUCCGACAUCCGCCGAACAAUCGAGCAGAAGAUGAUGCGUCAGGUGACCAGCAGCGACUUCUGCAUGAACAGCAGGCCGUCGUGCCUCGCAGAGGACGGCCACCACCCCGCCUCCCACUUCGACCUGUGCACCUCACAGGCCAGCAAGUUCUACCCUCCUCCCCCUCCGUCGUCCCUCCAGAUGACGCUGGCCCCCAUGGCUUUACCCACCCAGAGCCACAAGCCCAUGGUGUGCCAGAGACAGGAAGUCCUCGGGGGCGACCCCCGCUCGCCUGGGAAAAUAGCAGGAGUAAAAGGCAGCGAUCAAGCGCGGGACGACGGCAAGAAGAAGAGCAAGUCUGUGGGGAAGACGGGUCGGCGCGGGAGGCCUCUGGGAACCACCAAGCUAGCCGGAUACAGAACCAGCACGGGGCGACCCCUCGGCACCACCAGAGCCGCCGGGUUCAAGACGAGCCCUGGACGGCCGCUGGGUACGACCAGAGCAGCGGGGUAUAAGGUCAGCCCCGGACGGCCUCCUGGCAGCAUCAAAGGCCUGUCGCGCCUCAACAAACUGGCUUACAGUAGCACCUGCAGCGGAGCGGCUUUCCCCUAUCCGCUACCACACAAAGAAAUCCUCUGUGAACCUUCCUGCAAAGAGAAGACAGCUAACGAGUAACGGCUCCACCCUGUUUCUACUUCACCCGUCAUCGCUGGAACAAGAGACGCACAUGCACAGGCUUCCCGCCACAUACUGGGGACGAUUGUAAACUUUCCCAGUCUGCUGUGACGCUGAGAGGAGGAGAUUUUCUAUUAUUCGUGUUGGUGUCAUUUGUGUGCCUGCCACCUGAUAAUAUUACUGUUAGUUUUUCAGUGCUACUGCUGGAGAUCUAUAGUGUGUGAAAGGUUUCACUACACUACAUUUGUUGUGUCUGUUUUCUUGGGAAAAAAAAGAAAAAAAACAGAUGUUCUUUGAGGAAAAGGCUUUUAUCUAACAACCAUAGUGGUAGCUUAAUUUUUAAUGUGCUAUAUGUAGCAUUUUAACACCAACCAACGAUGGAACGGUUCAUUUUAAUAAUACUGUUUACUGUAUAAUUACUGUAAACAAAUGAGACCAUUGCUGAGAAGUCAGAAAUCUGCUGAGCUGCUACAAAACAAGGACAAACUUUUAAAUGUUCUCAUACUACAGUUUUAUACAGCUAAUAUUGUUGGAUUUUUCCUCUUGCUGUUUAAACAAACACAGCAAACAAAAAGGACAGAUGAGAAGGAGAACGGUUGUAGGGAAUAGAAAUUCAGAGGAAUGCUUGGUGGUCAAGUGCUUUGCUCAGUGGCACUAUAAAGAUACACAACCAGAUAUUUGUCCAGGCUAACAGCACCCCAGAGCUGAAAUCUAAACCCAAUUAAAACGUGUUACUCUCCAUUCUCUAAAUGUCACCUCACAAAACGUCUACAUAUUACUUGCAUGCAAAUGUCAUCAAAACGACUCGACUUGCAGAUUGUUGUUCGACAUAACGCCGUUAUCCAAGUCUGAACUAAAGUUCUGUUUGUAAUGUAAUGUUUUUCACAGAAAGUACAUAGAAAGCAAAAAAAAAAAAAAAACUCAGCCCACCUCCCACUUUGCUUACAGCCUGCUAAAUGUUGACUAGCGUGGACUGUGGUCGCCUUGUUGCUCGAUCAGAUACAGAAGUUUCUCUAUGCUGCUCGGUACUGGAUCACUCUUCAGGACGGUAAAAUCUGAGGUAGCUCAUCUUGAUCGCCAGAUAGUUUAACCGCUUACUCACUCAUUCAUGGUUUCUCUACGACUGACUUCGUCGGCUCGUUUAGGGCUUCAAAUUAUUGAUCCUGAUCCGUGUUUUGGUGCAAAUACCUAAAUUAUACAUUUUAUAAAACACUUUUUCUACACAGCCUCCAUGUUUCAUUUUGUCUCACCUUAAAGUAGCAAAGGAGGAAUUUUCUUCAGUAAAAUGUAUUUAAAUCAAUUUGGUUUUCAAAAAGUACUGUAAAUUUACUCCCAUUCUCAACACUUAAUCCUCUCCUGCUGUUGCACUGAACCUUUCUUUUGUGGCUAUUAUCAAAUUUGACCAAAAUGUGUAAUUAUUGCGUUACAUUCCCAUCUCCUGCAGCAAAACGUGGUGCAAUGUAAACAUUAGUGACUGUCUUAUUGCAUCUAUUUAGAGAGGAAGAGCACACGUUCCACUUUAAAAGGGGACAUCUUGUAUCGUUGUCACAUUUCCGGUAAAGUCUGUCACCCACAAGAUGCAUUUUUUUUGUUCUGAACAAGGGUACAAUCUUGGCUAACAAUCAAAAUUCAAGUCUAAAUUAACAUAUAUUGUGCUUUAAUGUUGCCUUCAUCCCAGAACAACGAGCAAAUCUAAUCUAAUCUCCGAUGAAUGUGUUUCUGAAUGCGCUGACGAUGAAUGAUAGGACACUGUAUUUGCAAAAUGUCUUUAAAUUUGAGGCGAUAAUUGUGUGACAGACAUUUACGCAACUUUUGAUUUUGUGAACAAAUGAGACCAUCACCGACCAGACUUUUUUGGACCACUGGCUUGUAUUUUUAUGGCAGAUGUGCAGACAGAGGGUGCUGUUCCUUCAGAAAUAGAAUCAAAAAUGUCCUUUACUCCAUCUGCAGAGAAACGACUAAAAAAACGCAUUUGUUGAAGCUGAUGAAGAGUGUGAGACAAAUCAUCUCAAUCAUGGCCUCAUUUGUUUACAAUGAUCACACUAAGAAUUUAUAGAAAUGUGUAAAUUACCACAUUUAAAUGAACAAUAAUCUUUCUCUUUUUUUUUUUUUUUACCAGUGUCAAGGUCCAAUCAUGUCUAUUUUUUAAUAUUGCUAUUUAUUCUGUUUUUUUCUUUCACACAUUGCUCUGUAAAGCACUUGAAACUGACUGUCAGCUUUUAUGAAACACUAAUGGACAAGAAUUUAGAAGGAAAUGCGGAGAUAAGCUAGUUUUAUUGGUUUAAUAGUUACGUCACAACUCGCUCAGUAAAUACAGCACGUCACAUUUAGUCAGAUAUGAUCCUGAUCCAGAAUUUGACUAUUUGUUCUAAUCAGUGUUAAACUCUCAGCUUGCCCUAGUGACCCUUAUGUUGGUUUAUUAUUCAUUAGAGGGGAAUUCAGUGCGACUUCACUGAGUUUUGACUAAAUUAAAAGCGGUUAAAUCUGGUGCAAUAAUAUGUUGUAUGUAUUGUACUGUGGAAACUUUGAUACUAUCACUUUUUAUUAUCGUUGUAUUUUUAAACUCGUGUACAAGGCCUUUUAUCACUUGUUUCGUUGACGUGUGCAGUGCUAUUGCAGAGAUAAUUGAAAUGUCGCGUACAAAACGUCCUUUUCACCCUCCUUUACCAAAGAAUACGAUCUUAUCUAACCAUAGAUGCUAUUUGACUUAGAACUACUCCAACAUCUAACAACAUAAACUUAGCAUGAAAGUUACUGUGUACAAUGUAAAUGACAAAAAAAGCACUCAAGUCCACUAUCCAGUAAAAGAUAGUAUGAUUGUUUGGGUUAGAACCUUUCCAUGGCUGCAUCUGAUGCUUUUCAUGGUGUAAAGGCUUAAAAUGGCGGUUUAUUGAAUGCAUUGUAAAUGAUUCUACACUGAUGUUCCAUCGUUUUUAUAUCCAUCUGUUUCUCUGCUUUGACAGUAGUGUCCUUUUUUCAUAUAUAACUCUUAUGUAGCCAUGUUUGAUAUUUAACUUUUGUUGAGGCUGACGUGGUGCCUGGUUGUCACACAUUCUGAAAUUUGUGAGGUUUUUGGUUUUUUUUGUUUUUUUUUACACAGUGUUUGUGUUAGAAUGAAGCUGGAUUUGUAUGUUUGUUAGAAACCCUGAGAGGACAAACUUGCUUGCCGUUAGCAGAUGUUUUAAAGCGAAGAAAAGUGGAAAGUAGCAAAACUAACGAUUGCUGUUGCUCGAGCUGCUGUCUGUCACACUGUUAGGGGAUAAUUUGGACAUUUGAACCGAUGCUAAUUUUACUAGUAACUAGUAUUUCCAUAACAAAUCCAAAUGUUUUCUGUGAAAAAGACCUCUUGUCUUUCCUGCCCCAUCUUCUAGGUAGCCACUGUUUAUUAGCAUCUCCACCUUAAUUGGACUUUUUUACUGAAAAGCUGAAACAUGUUUCUCCAUCUUCUAAACCAGGGAUGUCGAACUCAUUUUAGUUCAGGUUCCACAUUCAGCCCAAUUUGAUCUCAGGUGUGCCGGAGCAGUAAAAUCACAGCAUAAUAACCUAUAAAUAACCACAACAACUCAUUUUUCCUUUGUUUUAGUGCAAAAAAGUACGUUCUGAAAAUGUUCACAUAUAAGGAAUUAUCUUUUUUACUAAACAUUAUGAACAACCUGAAAACAAAAGACACAAAAAAUUAGACAAAAAAGUUACAAAGCGACAAAAAAACAAACGACACAAAACGACAAAAACGAUACACAAAACAAUGAAUAAAGCAAAACACAAAAUGACAAAAGGAAGACAAAAAACAUAAGCCAGAUAAAAAGGAAACACAAAACGACAAAAAACAUGAGAUAAACGCUAAAAGUCAGACAAAAAAAACAAAAAUAGGACACAAAAUGGCAACAGCGAGAAACAAAAUGACAAAAAAAUGAGACAAAUGACACGAAACAACAAAAAGAAAAAAAUUGACAAAAAAGACGAAACGACAAAAAUGAGACAAAAAAAAUGACAAAAGUGAGAAACAAAAUGACAAAAACAUGAGCCAAACAACAAAAGUCAGACAAGAACAAUAAAAACAAGACAAAAUAUUACAAAUACGAGACACAGAACGACAAAAGAACAAUGAACAAUCUAGUAUUUUACUUCAUGAUCAAAACAACUUGUCAAGAUCUGGAAAUUAUUUUAAAUAUAGAAUUUUACAAAUUAAAAUCUGCAGUUAAUGUCUUCUCUGGAGUUCUUACAUUUUACAAAGUCGGGCCGGAUUGGACCCUCUGGAGGACCGCUUUUGGCCCGUGGGCCGCAUGUUUGACACCCCUCAGCUAACUGGUCUUGUACUAGUAAUUAUUUUACCAAAAUGAUUAAUGCGACAUUUUUUUUUAACAGAGGGACACAUUGGUCUUUGCCUUGUGGAAAAUUAUGUUUAGUUAAGUGAGUUAAAGAUGAAAGAAAAACUCCAGACCUUAAAUUCAAACCCUUGUGUCAGAUUUGUUUAGUGAUUCAGGGAACAAAAUGACAAAAAAGUUUGCAUUAUAAGGACAUAGAUGGGGCUGCACAGUGGCGUAGUGGUUAGCACUUUCGCCUUGCAGCUAGAAGAUCCCUGGUUCGCGUCCCGGCUUUCCCGGGAUCUUUCUGCAUGGAGUUUGCAUGUUCUCCCUGUGCAUGCGUGGGUUCUCUCCGGGUACUCCGGCUUCCUCCCACAGUCCAAAAAUAUGCUGAGGUUAAUUGAUUAUUCUAAAUUGCCCGUAGGUGUGAAUGUGAGAGUGAUUGUUUGUCUCUGUAUGUAGCCCUGUGACAGACUGGUGACCUGUCUAGGGUGUCCCCUGCCUUCACCUGAGUCAGCUGGGAUAGACUCCAGCCCCCCAUGACCCUAGUGAGGAUUAAGUGGUGUAUAGAUAAUGGAUGGAUGGAGGGCAUAAAUGGAAACCGAUGACUAAAGCAGAGGUCUAUGGUUGAUUCUAAAAUGGGAUCAAGUGGAUAAAUUUUGCCAUCCUGGUCACAAGGCUGCGACUUUAAAUAAUUUACGUUACUAUAAAUGUAAUUUUCCACCUUAUGUAACAGAAAACAUAGGAUUGUUGUGUCAUUUUGUCUCCCUGUGACAUAUAUUUGACCAAAAAUGUCAAAUUUCACUAUCCAGUGCAGUUACAGCAGAUAUUUAUUUGUCUUACUACAUGACAAGAAAUCCCCAAGAACAUGUUUCAGCUCUUUGGAAAGAAAACCCACUCAGAUAUAGGAGUAAUUAACCUAGUUUGACCUCUAAAUACCAUCUUAUUAAGCUGUUUAAAAGUAUAUAUGAAGCCAGAAAUGAUACUUUUAACCCACACUUACAGAUGGAUGUGAUCAGCUGUUGAACUUGGUUAAGAUUUUUACAGGACAACACUACUUUUUGUCACAUUAUCUCAGAUAUUUAGCUUUUCCUCUGAGAAAAAAAAACAGUCUACUGACCUCACAACAUCCUGAAUUUCUUUCUUUCUCUGUUUCACCAUGUAGCUUUGAGUUCUUACGUAAAAUACUUUAGAACAAAGUGUUGGAACUUUUAGAAUAAAUACAACUUGUUUUCUAAAUUUUAUUCACUUCUAAGGAGGAAAUCACAGAAGGGAUGAAGGGUGAAGGGAGGAUUAUUAACUAAGAAUCACCUGAUUAAGUUUAACCAGUGCUCACCCAAAGCACACUUCUUAAUAUUUUACUGCUUUUUUCUGCUUUUUUUCUCUCACCAUCUUCAGCAUUCCAACAACAUUUGGUCUUUUGUCUGUAGAUGAUGAUUUAGAAAAAAAUCUUACCUCACAUUUUGGGUGUUUUGGAGAAGACGUGAAGCCCGGCUACUCCUGAAGUGUGAUUGGCGAAGCCUGUAAAGCUUUGUACAAUUCCCAUUUUAUUCCUGCAUGAUUGUUGUGGAAUGUUCAAAAGUUGUGUAAUAAAUCUGAAAGUAACGCUGUCCGAUGAAA